UAAAGUUUGUCAUUGAGAAUGAAAAAUGCAACAUUUCUUGUCUUGAAUUAUUGAACAAAGGUUUACAGAAUAAACAAAAAAGAAAAAUGAUUCUCAACAUUGCAGUUUUAAUCUUUGUUGCAUGUAAUAUAAUACAUGUAAAUGGAGAUGUCAACCUGAUGUUUGUGUUUGAUAAGUCUGGAAGUAUCAGUGUUGGAUCUUUCGAGUUGAGCAAAGAAGUGGCUAUCAAGAUAUAUGAAGGUUUGGUUGCCAUUGAGGAUAACGUCCUUGCCUCUGCCCUCACAUUUAGCGUCAAGCCCAAAAUAAUGUUCACCGCUGAUAAAUAUACUCCUACUUCCGACCCUGGUGUUGUUGAUGCUAUAAAUGCUUUUACCAUGAAUCCUUCCAAGAGUGGUCGACGUCAGUCAAAUACAGACAAGGUAUUAGAGAUGAUCAAUGAGGAGCUGGAGAGAUGGGCACCCAAUGGCAAUGUUUUUGUGGUAUUAUUUUAUGAUGGUGUGCUCUUUCCUAGAACUGCGAUCAAGAGAGAGGAGGUGAUCAAAAUGGCUAAUGACAUGGAGAUGGAUGGCUCUGCAAAUAUUCUUGGAGUUAAACUUAAGAAUGGUAAUGGCAAUGAUCCUUUGGGAGCAAAAGAUUUGAAGAGAAUUGCCAGUGGAGAUCCUGAACAGAAUGAUGUGUUUCCAAGUGUUGGUGGUAACCUGAAUGCGGAAAACAAGGAUGAAGUUGCUGAAGCAAUCGUGAACAAAAUAUCUGGAAGAUAAUUCCCUGUACACAUACUUAUGUGAAUAAAUUUUAUGAAUGAUCAUGCAUAA